AUGUACCAUCUCUUCAAGUCGCUGUAUCUCCAUGCCACCAGCAAGGAGGAGUACUCUAUUCUACUUCUAGGCCUCGACAAUGCAGGCAAGACGACACUGCUAGAGCAGAUCAAGUCACUCUACAACUCCGAACACACCGCGAACCUCAAGACCGUCCCAACGGUAGGCCAGAAUGUCAGCCUCGUCGACCUCCCCGAGCUAUACCUGCGAAUUUGGGACGUCGGCGGCCAACACUCCCUGCGAGGCCUCUGGCAGUCGUACUACAGCUCCUGCCACGCCAUUGUGUUUGUAAUAGACAGCACAGACAUUGGAGACGCAGACAUUGAACGACUGAGUAAACGCUCGGCCAACGAGGAUGAUGAUGGGAGACUGGACGAGUGCAAGUUGGUGCUGGAAGACGUGCUGCAGAAUGAGGAUACUGAGGGAGUCCCCGUCCUGAUGCUGGCCAACAAGCAAGACAGAGAAGACUGUGUCGAGGUCGUCAGGAUCAAAGAGGGCUUGGUGAGACGGGUUUUCGAGGGAGAAAAGGGUCAGAACGUGAGGGACAGCCGUGUGCUGCCGUUGAGUGCUCUCACCGGCACGGGAGUCAAGGAGGCGGUCGAGUGGCUUUGCAGCCGCGUCAAAUGGAACAAGGAGGCAAGACCGCCCUUGGGUCUCUAUUAUCGCCCCCAAACAGAAGCCCGAGAUGAGUCUGUCUUCCUCCCGUAUCCCGACACUGUUCUUCAAGCACACGCGCAACUUGCAGCAUGUCGAAUGGAUGUACAGCGGGCUAUGAUUGGACUUGUCGACAAGGACAGCUCCUACUUCGUUGCUGAAGCCACCAAGACCUUGGAUCUCCAGAAUACCGAUCUGUCAGAAACGACUGGUGAUGGACUCUAG